UAGAAACUUGUAUUUGGAGGCUAGGCAGGGAGGAGGAGGAGAGAAGAAGUAUUAUUGACCAAAAAGCUUUGUCCGGAUUCUUUAGUCUCAGUAAUAUCUAGUAGAGUAAUCAGAGAAGAAGAGACUGAGUCCUAAGACUGUGUAUCAGUUACGGAACAACUUUCCAUAGACCUGCAGACCGGGCAGGUCGACGACAUCUCUACACCUCCUUUCCCUUCUUCUCCAUUCCUCCAAUUCUUCACAUCUCUCUCUCUCUCUCUCUCUCUCCACACUAACCGACCGACCAGCAGAAGGCGAGCCACGAGUUCUCGCCAUCCUGUGAUCUCUCAUUCUCACACGUUUCAGCCGCCACUCUGAAAGAAAACUUGAACGCCUUUUCUCUUUAAACAACAAUGAACUCUACACUAUUUCGUGAUCGUGUCGGACAGUUCUACUCCUGGUUCUUGGAGUGGAACCAAUACGAGCAAACCAUGGCUCUCUAUUCCCUCCUAAGUAAAGUGAACGCGACUCAGGCUCGCUUCUUCUUAGUUGUACUUGAGCACAUACUCCAGGUAGGACAGGACCAGGAGGAUCUGGCUGGUAUGGAAGCUGAUGCAAACGACCCAACUUUUCUUAGUGCUAUACACAGCGAGCAAGACGCCGUGGCUCUCUCUAAUAUUCUCUCUAACAUACUUUUACUUCGUCCCGGCAACGACCAAGCCCGAGAAGAAUACCUCAAACUCCUUCCUAAAGUUCUCUUCGGCUCGGCAGAAGACUCAGAGUACCUCUAUCAAUGCCGUCUACUCCUUUCACUAGCACUGGUCCACCCUGCCUUUUGUCAGGACAGAGAGAAACUAGCGUUCUGGUUAUCACGGCUAGAUGACAAGUCUCGGAGCAUUGCCGAGAAGAACCGACUCCUUGGAGGCAUUAGCCACCAUCGCUCUGCGACCCUCCCCAUUCAAACCCAUCACCAUAGCAGUGGGGCACUUCAUUCGUCUACGCUCCAGUCCUCCUCUACACUUCAGUCCUCAUCUCCUCCGAGACGAAUCUAUCAGUUGAGAACUGAGUCUUGUGAUGAUAUAAUAAACGUGGGCGGGUCACACAGGAACGGGGCAAAUCGCAUAUACAUAAACCUCCCCCAGUCUAACCCCAUUGGAUCCAUGCAUGAGUUUGAUACACUGGGAGAGAUUGAUACCCAUCCUUUGUUUGAUGAUGAUGAGGACUUCGUACCAAAGGGAUUCACUUAUUCAAAUCAGGUACAGGAGCAUUGCUCCACUCCCAAUGGAUACGAUGACUACAUGAGGAAGGCCAAGAGUAAAUCUCUCUCCCUCCCACCCAACAGGGCUUCUUCCGCUUGUUCGUUACCAGCUACCUUCGACAAGAAGACUGCACGGAUAUUCUGGAAACCAGGAAUGAAAGAUGUCCCUGCGUGGCUAAAGUCUUUGCGUCUCCACAAGUACAAGGAUCUCUUUGUUGAUAUGACGUACGAAUCCUUUCUUAAUAUAACCGAGGAAUUCCUACAAGAAAACAAUAUAACCCCGGGGGCUCUUAAAAAGAUAUUAAUCAGUAUUAAGAAGCUACGUCAGAGAGGAGACAGGCUUGCUGAAAUUGAACAGGACACAGAGAAGCAAGGGGAGCUCCUCUCUUGUAUUCAUCGCCUCCAUCAGAUCGUCGUGACUCCCAUUAAGCCGUACAUCUCACCAGAAGACCAACCAGCCACAACAGGAUCAGCCUCUAGUCUCACCAGUGAGACUGAGACUAUAAAGUCAUCAAGAACAAGAACAGCUACUCCAGGAGGAGAAGAAGGUACUCUAAGCGUUGAAGACUCGCCCCAGCGUGGCUCCAGCAUACAGCAAGGAGGGGAGGCUAACGGGAGCAGCGAAGACAGUCCUUGUUCUACUCCUCCCACUUCCCCUUGUCUCCGUCGAUCCUCCUCCAUAUCAUCAGUUGAUGAUCUUUUGGCUAAAGAUUUCUCCGAGAGCGACUUGCCGUCUCUUAUUACAAGAGCCAUAGGGAAAGUUUACAGUCAGUUGAUGAUGCAUACGGAAACAAAUGAAGAGAAUUUGGAAGCUUUUGUCAAAGUACUGGACAUAGUGAUGUGUCACGAGGCUUUCAUAGUGAGUCAUAGAAAGAUGUUUUUUGACUGGAAGCAACAGUGCCAGCAGACUCUGAGUGUACUGUCACCAAAGAAAUCUCCAAGGAACAAAGGUUGGCCGAAUGCCUUCACUAUUGCUGGUAACCCUCCACAUCCUAAAGUUCCAUUUCCCGAUAAGAAGCCAGGCCGUCGCUCCAAUAUGAGGAACACUCUGGGCCCUAAGGUACCCACCAGUAUAAUGGGGUCCCCUCGAUCAAGCAGCACGCUUCCUAAAGCUACCACAAGACAAUUUCAACCGCCUUUUCCUCCUCCGUAUUAUCCUCCUCCUCGCAGUCGGAGCAACACUGGUUCCUCGGUUAAGCAGCUUCCCAUUCCUGUACCGUCUGUCAUCAAGAGCCAUCGCUACGUUAACAUGACGAUACCUAAGCCAACCGAAGUCUCUGAAAUGCAAAUGGACGAGCUUUGCAAGCGGGUCACUGAACAUGCUCUUGAAGGUGAUGUUAACUGAUACUGUGUCAUGCUGAAUACACAGUCCCUCUUCAAGUCUUCAGCUCUUCGUCUACAGUUUCUCUGUUCUCCUUUUCAACACUAUCUCAAGUCUUUGUGUGAUUCGUAUUAUUGAGCACCAUUUUCCGUCAUCUGUCAAUUUUUUCUCACCUCAGUAACGAUUUAUUAUUAUUGUUAUAAUUAUUAUUAUUUCAUCUCAUUAUUAGUAAAUAAAUAAAUAGUCAUCAUCAUCAUUAUUAUUAUUAUGGGGAUGUUUAAAUUGUUUUAAUCUUCAUGCAUUGUGUUACCUUUUUGUGUGUUAAUUUUGUAAAUAAUUUUGCAAUACCCAAUCUCUCAAAUCUUUCUCUCUCUCCCUCUUUAAUACUGAUCUCAUCUCGUAUUUAUGUAUUCUGUGAUUUUUGUCUUCAUUCCUAACAAUGUUAUAAAUUGUUUCGUUUUUUUUUUUGAUUACGACAGCAAUGUUUGCAAUACUCUGUAUUAUCUUCAGAUUUUGUUUAAUAAUUAUUAAUUUAUUAUUAUUAUUAUUAUUAUUAUGAUCAUUUUCAUUGGCUGGUCCAUUACUCCUAUUAUCUUUCUUUUCUCUUUCUGUAUGUUGAUUUCUUUUUUUCCUUUCGCGUCAUUUAACUGAACAAUUGGCAUAAUCUUGUACAAAGAACCAAUUUUUGCAAUUUUUGUUUUGUCAUUUCAGUUCUGUUUUCCUCUAAUUAUUAUCAACUAUUAUUAUUCCACGAUAUCGACUUUCAUGGUUGCUUUAA